UGAACACUGAUGGGUCCCCAGUGUUUCAGUCCGGGAAAUCCAGCAUGUGGCCAAUCCAGCUGCUUCUUAACGAACUUCCCUUUGACAUACGCUUUCACGAACUCAUCGUUGGAGCACUGUGGUUUGGGAUACAGCACCCUCCAGCACACCUGUUCAUAAAGACUUUUGUUGACGCAUUCAACAACAUCGGCAGCAUACCCUGGCAGCACGCUGGCAGAACAAUGAUGUCACAUGUUUAUGCUGUCUGUUGCUGUGUGGACUCAGCAGCCAGAGCAGCCUUAUUAAAUAUGAAACAAUUUAAUGGGUACUUUGGGUGCUCCUGGUGCCUUGAAGAAGGAACUGUUGUUGACGGGGUUCUUCGUUACAUUCCAAGCAGGAGCCCAGCCCCAGCACGCACACACAGGAGCCUACUGAACGACAUGCAGGAAGCAUUCCAACGAGGAGUGCCAUCUCACGGAGUAAAAGGGCCAUCACCACUGAUUCAGUUGCCAGGAUUUAAUCUUGUAUGGUGCGUGCCUCCUGAUGUCAUGCACUGUGUGCUUGAAGGUGUGACACGGCAGCUAACAGAAUUAUGGCUGUCUGCUGUUGGGCAGGCAUAUUACAUUGGACGGCAUAUCCGUGAGUUGGAUGACAGCAUUUUGAAGAUGAGGCCUCCAAUGUCGUUUUGUCGGCUCCCACGACGGUUGAGUGACAGGGCACACUGGAAGGCAACUGAAUGGAUGUACUGGCUGCUCUUCUAUUCGUUGCCAUGUUUGAGGGGAGUACUUCCCACUGCGUACUUCAACCACUUUACAAUGCUUUGCCAGGCAGUGUUUACUCUCCUGCAAGCAUCUGUAACAGAUGCCAACCUCGAGGAGGCGGAGGAGCUCCUCUCGUCGUUCGUUGCCAGAGUAUACACAUUAUAUGGAGCCAGCGCUGCAACCUUCAAUGUGCACCAGCUUCUUCAUAUCACAAAGAGUGUGGAGAUGCUGGGCCCAUUGUGGGGUACCUCGACCUUCCCAUUUGAGAAUGGAAAUGGGCAACUUGUAAAGCUAGUGAAGGCUGCGCAAGGUGUGCCCCUCCAGAUUGCGGAGCGCUGCAUUAUGAAAUCAUGGCUCAGCACAGCAGCUAAGUUUGUGGAACUGUCGCCUUCACUGCAGUCGCGGAAAAGCGAUAUUGUCAAUGCGCAGACAAUUGUGCAAAUACAAGCCUGUGUCCUUGGUGCGCCAUUGCUGUCAAUGCAAGUCAGCAGUUCAGUAGAGGAACUCUUCAUUGAGAAGUACGGAAGAGUGCCAAGCAUGACCCACUAUUCUCGUUUUGCUGCCAACGCUGUGAAGUUUCAUACGACAUCGUACGCGCGAGCCACGAAAACAUGCUCUUCCUGCGUGAAGAUGAGAGACGGCAGCUACUGUCUGCUUUCUGACAUUUGCUCAGCACUAUUGGAGACUCGGAAGAUUCUUCUUGUCUCCGAAGAGAUCAUCUUGUCAGAAUGCAGAUUCCCAAAUGUGAAUAUAUGCAUCAGUGCUAUCGCCCUCCUCCGGGAAGAAACCUCAAGUUGUAUUCGCAAGAUGAUGUGUCUGCUCAGUGCGUGUUCUUUGAAGGAGCAGACACCUGUUAUGUGUGCGAGAUUCCAAACACAUACAGGGUUGACUGACUAGCACAGUGGUGGUGCAAUUGAUGCGAUACAUGUGUGUGUAUGUGUUUGUGUCAAUAAGAACCUGAUGAGUGGGAAGCAGAAUCGGUUAUCUUUUUGCCACACUGGCUUGUGCUGAACAUUUCUUUUUGCCCAAUUUUUUUUUAUUUGUUUCAUCAACUACUUCUGUGGCAUAUCAAAGUGCUUUUUCUUGAAUGUGCAGUUAUAUUCAGCUGUAUUCCAGAGCACCCUAGUAUACUUCUUUGUAUGGCAUGCAUUGUACCAUUGCCUUUCUUGCAAGUUGUUUCGCUCCUUGAUGUGCCCAUUCUUUAUGCUUGCAUCACUUGGCUUCCUAGCAUGCACUGUCAAUUUCGUUAUGCCAUGGUAGGAAUGUCCUCUACUGCUGCUACUGAUGCGGCGCAUCCUUUCUGCCUUUCUGGGGUGGGCGGCGCAGAAAUUGGAACUGUAACUGUGCCGGAACCACAAGUUACUACCUACACUCUUAAAAAUGAACUUCACCGCAUAGCACGCUCCUAGCCAACCAUUAUCUCGAGUG